AUGUCGAGCCAGCCCUUGCUUCAAGCCACGCCUGGCAAGCGAAUCGCCCUCCCAACCCGAGUCGAGCCCAAGGUCUUCUUCGCAAACGAACGGACCUUCCUAUCAUGGCUGAGCUUAGGCGUAGUCAUCGCAGCUCUUGCCAUUGGCAUGUUGAACUUCGGUGACAAGCCAGCCUUCAUCUCGGCUUUUCUCUUCACGCUCGCAGCGGUACUCACAAUGAUAUAUGCGCUGGUGACAUUCCACUGGAGGGCGAGGUCGAUUAGACAGAGGGGUCAGGCUGGAUUCGAUGAUAAACUUGGUCCUACGCUCUUGACUCUUGUUAUUCUGAUUGCUAUGAUUGUCAAUUUUGUCCUGAGGUUUUCAUAUGAUCACAAGGAUGAUGUGAAGCAUUGA